UAGCCUACUACUGUCUGUGUCUGUGACCUACCCUCACGUUGCAACUAGCUAAGAAACAUGGCUGACACUCUGCUGGUGUGCCCCCUGUGCCCUGUGUGUUGGUAUGAGUUCAGCGACCCCGUUAGCCUGCGCUGCCAGCACAGCUUCUGCAGGGAGUGCAUCAGAGCUCACCUGGCGGCCAGCGGUGGCUCGGCCCAGUGUCCUGAGUGCAGGCAGCCAUUUACACGCAAACACAUCAAAGCCAACCGCACGCUGGGCAACUGCAGACUUGCAGAGGAGAAGGCACAACGCUGCAAGAAUGCGCUGCGUGGAGCAGUGUCCUUCCUGUCUGAAGAGAUGGUUGACCUGGACUACAAGAUCAGAUUGCAGACGGCUGAGAUCAAAAAAACUCAGGACACGUCCAGAGAGUGGUCAGGGAGGAUAUCGACUACGUUUGAGCAGCUGCACCAGCUCCUGAGAGAGAAGGAGCAGGAGGUGCAGACAUUCUUGCAGCAGGAGGAGAAGAGGGUGCUGGAGCCCAUGCAGAGGAGCCUGGCCAAGAUGACGCAAGUCUCCACCAGAGACAGAAACACUGAGGGGACGCUCAGGUCAGGCCUCGAUAUCGGUCAUCCUGACGCCUUCCUCCAGUGGUGGACCACAGUAGGAUGCAACAAAGUAAAGAAGAUGCUGGAUGGUGAUGAGGCAGUUGCUGAAGGAACCGACAGCACGACUGAUCUUCGGUUCUCAUCCAAGCUGGCAGGAUUAGCCGUGUUUCAUGAUGUCAUCUCUCUGGGGCCGUAUGAGACCCAUCUGUCCUUCCUUGUGUGGAGGGACAUACUGAGAGACAUCCAGCCAGUGCCCCAUGAUGAUGUGAUCUCUCUGUGGGAUGACAGCUAUGCCAUGGUGACCCAUAGUGGUCGCUCCAUCCAGAGGAGGGACCGGAGGGGUCUGUUUGGCCGCUACCAGGACUACAGGCCCCUGGCCAAGUGCCGGGCCGCCUACCCACGCGGCCGCCACUACUUUGAGGUGGAGAUGGGCAGGAAGCUGGACUGGGGCAUCGGGGUGUGUACGGAGUCUCCGUCUGGCAAGGUGCAGGAGGUGGCCAUGUUGUACCGGAGGCAUGACGGCGUCUACAGCAGCUACAGUGUGACCGCACAGGGUCAGGAGUCCGCCCUGCAGGUGCUGCAUCCGCCAUGGCAGAUAGGCGUGUAUCUGGACUGUGAUAAAGGCCGCGUGGCGUUCUAUGAUGCCGACAGCAUGGAGCAGGUGUGCUCUGCAGCGUGUGGUACAGGUGCGCCCCUGUCGCUGUGCCUCUCCCCUGGAGCCCGUGUGGAGGGGGGGGAAGGCCAAGCCCUCACUGUGUGCUGCUACCAGUCUCUCCCACAGUCCCCCACGGAUAUGGACGUUUUCAUGAAUAUGGUGCAAGUCCUUGGGUCUUUUGUAGACAGAAUUCUUCGGAGGAUCUUUGGAUGACUGGGGAGGGAGCAAGUUACAUACACACACACACUCUCUCACACACAUUUUAACACGUCCAUGUUUGCAGUUACAACAAUAAUUUAAAGUUCCAUCAACUGGAGAUAUAGCAAACUUUGUCGGAAGAGAUCAUAUUUAUAUCUUGCCCCACAGUGAUGAGAAUGGGAAGAAAGGCCACUGUUGGAUAGUUACAGAAAUGAAGUAGCAUCUUGGGGUCACCACGUCUACAGGGACCUCCACAGAAAUAGAUAAUAUAGGCCAGGAAGGCCUUUAAAGAGGCCAGGAAAAGCCUUUCUUGUCAUCUAAGUACAUAAUGUGAGUUGCAAAAUGCUACUGGACCUUUCCCUGGAUUCCUGUUCCAUGGUCAACAACAACUAGUCAAGAACGACUACUGAAAGGAUCUGCAUGCAAACUAAUGGUGUAUGAUGUAUGUAUGUUGGCUGUGAUGAGAGCCUGUUUUUAUUCCAAAGCCCUAGGAACUUCAUUAGAGUUCAUGAAAUCAUGCAUGAAGUUCAUGAAGACUCUAAAAUUGGGUCAUGACUGGAUAGUCCUGCUGAUCAGUGAACCAAAACAUAUGUUCAGAUCAACAGAUAAAUGUUUUACUGAACACAGAAUCUAACUCUUGCCAUCUAGUCUUCAGAACUCCAUAAGAAACUACUGGGAUGAUUUGUGCACCUCUUUUCUCAAGUUUACCAGGGGUGCCAACAAGGGUGGA